UGUCUUCGAUAUAAAUUAUAGUGUGAUGGAAUCUUGAAAUACUUGCUCAUUUCUGAAUAAUGACCAUAUAUCAACCCCAAAACUGUGAUGAUUAUAUCCUGAGCCAUGCUAUCAACAAACUUGAAGUUUCCCUGUCCAGCAUGGCUCAUCUCGUUGUAAAUUUGUGUACACACACUCUUUACAGCUCACAUUUUGUUGUCCACAAUGGAAAGCUUGUCCCUAUGUUGUUGCUGUCAGUAGGCUAGGAUAAACAGACCCAUCCGUUAUGUGUGGACCUCCAGAUUCUAGUUGAAGACUGAGAAGAAGUGAAAUCAUCAUCUUUCACCAUGGAUUUUGUAUCUACGUUGUCUGUGUUGGCAACUGUGACAUCAUUUGCAAUUCAGCUCAUUGGCAUGGAGAUGUCUUUUCGAAUAGUUCAAAAAGGAAGCACGGCUGAUGUUGCACCCGCACCGUUUAUUGCUUUUUUUGUCAGUGCAUGUGUGUGGCUCAAGUAUGGGCUGAUGAUGGGUAUCACAAGCGUCAUUUUGACCAGCUGUCUCAGCGCUGUGUUGCAGUUUUUGUACAUAUGUAUUUACUAUUUGUACACAAACAAGAAGCACUUUUUGCACCGCUUGCUUCUGAUUGGUUUAUUCAUAUUGUUUACUCCGCUCAUGUAUGUGGACUUUUAUGAGACGGAAGUGGAGCUAGCCUCAAGACAUCUUGGUCUUUACUGCUGCGUGCUCAGUGUUAUGUGCUAUGCCUCUCCUAUGGCUACACUAUCUGAGGUGCUUCGCCACAAGUCAACAGAUUCUAUAUCAUUACCGUUGUGUCUCAUCAAUUUUGUGUCUGCUGUUGAGUGGACUCUCUAUGGAUUAGCAAUACAAGAUAAGUUUGUCACAUUUCCGAACUUUAUCGGAGGCGUACUUGGAAUUCUUCAACUUUCUUUAUUCGUUGUUUAUGGUUUCAAGCACAAAAGAGGACGGCCAUCUAUAGUCAACACUUGAAUUCUUACCUCAUUUAAGUCAUGUUGGAUAAAACAAUGCUCCAUAUGAAGUCAGCCAUAAACCUGAGAGCUGAGUGCUGCCAUAAGUGGAUUGUCCUCCCAUUCUCCACCCCGCCCCCUCCCCCAAGACAACAGAUGACAUGAGUACUCACUGUACAUAAUGUUGAUGCUGAUUUUCUCAUUGUUACUAUCUCUAAGGGAUGUUGUGCAUUAGCAAUCUGGUUUAUGCUACAAACAUAUUGUUUUAUCUCACUUGAUGUGAUGUUUUUGCCUUGCCUUGUGUAUUUGGAUAUCAAGAGCAUUUCAGACCCUUUUGUCUUGCCUAAAGGCAAAAGUUGUGGAGGUUGUUGUCAGAUGUUUGUGGAACACAUUUUUGUAGUUUUAUGUUUAUCACUACUGCAUAUUACUUUGUUUGCUUUGAUUCUUUGACCAGAAUAUAAAAUUGUGUGGAGUGGCCUAAUGCAGAAACAGUGAAGUCAAAUUUACUGCAGGACAAAGGAAAGAAUUGCCACGCAUUGUGUGUUGUUGUUUUUUUUACUAAAUUAAAAUAAUGAUAAAAAGAGGUACUUUGGGAGUAAAUCCUGAAAAAUGGGGGAAAUUGUUUUUUUUUAAAUCCCAUUAUUAGUUCAUGUGUUAUGGAAAAGAGAAUAAGUGAUAGUGAAUAUUUUCAGUUCAGUUGGAAUCAUUUGUAAAUAUAAUCCCGUAAAGUCAAAUUACAUUUUGCACUUGUAUAAAUUUUACUGAAAGCCACUAAACUAUUCUCUGUAUGUUACCAUGAAAUGAAUGUUCCAAUUGUUUUUCCUUGUUACUUUUGAUUCUAGCUUUCCUUUGUCAAACUCCUCAAAAGUGUUUCAGCCUUGCAAAGUGAAGUCAGAUGUGUCACGGCAGCUACUGUCAGAUACCUUCUCAUUUGUAAGCCGGUCUGAAGAAAUCGGGAAUUUGUUGCUAUAGUCAGUGUGGUCUGUUCUGUUCAAUUUUAAGUUAUACAUACCCGGGAAUUGCCCAACUAUUUAAGAAAACAAGUCAGGCUCUGUUUCUUGUAAUAACCACUUUAAAAUAUCUUUUCUCAAUAUAUUUUCCAUUUUUGCAUUGAGAUAUUAAAAAACAAUAUUACAGACGUGCAAGUAGCCCUCAGAAAAAUGAAAAUCUAAAGGUGUGUAGUGUAAUCCGAUCUAACUAUGGGAGUCUGGUGUUAAGAGAAUUUUGACAAAUUAAGGCUUCUAAACUGCCAUCUAGGCAUUUUCAGCUUUGAAAUGUAAAAUAUCAAACCAAAAAGAAUAUCUGUAUUGUCUUUUGAAAACAGAUAGUAACUCAGCUGGGUAUCACUUACUCAGAUAUUGAGAUCCACGGGCAUCAGGAUUGUGCUAUAUGGUGAUGGGAUUCUACGGUGUUACCCUUUUAGAAGUGGGCAAAAGAGGUACUGCUUUUCUCUUCAGUGUCUGGGGCUGGGGCUUAUCAACACUUGCAAUCAGUUUCUUCUGGGCAAUGUCAGCUUCCCUUUUCUCCACUGCUUCCUGGGACUUAAGGUAGGACUUUUGUAUAUGAUAUACCAGUGACUGGAUCGUGCCUCCUGUAAAAUUCCAGGGUUGUUUUGUUGUGGGCCAGUAGAAAAUAAUUGGUGGCCGCCUAAACGAUAAGUUGAUGUUGCCAUUUUUGUGGCUAUGUCAGUAAUAAUAUUGUUCAUCAUGCAGAAUGAUGCUUCCACCUUUGGGCCUGUUAAACCAGCAGGCAGUGACAACUUUCUCUACACUGGAAUAUUUCUGGAGCUUGAAAGCAUGACCACACCAAACAUCCAGAGGCAUGUUUAAAUUCGCCUGUAGCCUGCUUUCUGCCUGUAAGCUCGCGAUUUUAUCUUUGAAAUUCGAGGCAUCAAUGUUUGAAAAAAAACAAUUUCUUUAGUUGAAUUCCUGUGUCUGACUGUCUAAAGGCCACUGGGUCCAGGAGAUAAAGGACCUCUAGAAGGGGGUUUCGGAGUGGCAGCUUCUGCUGCAUACAUUGUGCUGUCACAGUGUAUGCUUCUUGGAGUCCCCUUUUGAACACAGUGCUUUCCUUCACUGGAAGUAUUUCUAGGAAUUGCGCACACCCUCCUGUCAACACAUGUUGGACUGGGAGCAGCUUGGCCAAGUCCUUGAGGUCUAAUAAGCCCAGUGCCUUCCCAGAUUCCCUGAUGAUUUCAGCCCUCACAAAUAAAAUGUUUGGUAAGUUUCUAAAUUCAUCCAGAACCGUAUCAUGAAGUUUAUGAACCAAAGGUUCCUUCUGCUCAAAGCAUAAAACAAAACGUUUGAACAGGGAAAGAACAGUAAUAACUGUGGCUCCAUGUAAGUCUGUGUCUCUCCUCCUAUCAAAAAGCCUUUUACAAACCUUCUGUUUCCUUGGCUUCCCGUGCUGUGUCAUAUUUUUAGUCUUCAAACGGCAAAGGAUAUCAUACACUCUCUGACGGCCAGCAGGUGUUACAUGAUGCGUUGAAAAGAUGUCCAGUAUUUGCUGCUUGUACAAAUCCUUGUCUUAAGCAGACAGCCAAGCAUAAUUCAUGAGGGCAAGGGUGAGGGGGUGUCCGGGUGUUUCAAUUCUUGAAAGGGAAGGGUAGCAUUUAACAAUGCCAGCCAACAAUGGCCAACUCGCUCCUUUGGCAGUUGCUCUCGGCAACCUAAAAUGCUGCAGAGAGUCAAAAAAAUCUUCCCGAAUGUCUGCUGGAAAGACAAAAGUCUUUGUGAAAAUUGUCCAAAAGAAGAGGAAAAUCCUUCUCUGGAUCAUAGCUGUACCAGAAUUUCAUGUAUGGUGGAACACAUCACCAUCAAUAUCCAAAAGGUGAGGGACACUUCACCUCAUUCGUGCCUGAAAGCCAGUUUCAGAGCCACACAUGUAGGCUGCGGAGUCAGAAAGAAUAGAGAUGAGGUUCUCCUUAGGUAUUUUGUCUUCAUUAAAAAGCCUUUCUGAGAUGGCUGUAUAUACUGUAGAGGCAUUUACAGUUUGCAGUUCCACUGUGCAGUACAGAUGAGUGACACUUCUACCUAAGUCUUUGUCAAGGAAGCAAACUAAGACAUUCAUCAGACGUUUUUUGUUGUGUUUCCUUGAGGAUUCAUCCACAUUUAUAGGGAAUGGCACUUCCUGAAGGUUCUUCACCCACCGCUUCUCUUCCAGCUCAUGCAGUCCAUACUUUAAUUUGUGCGUAGCUGUCUGUCACUCUAUUGGUAGCUUCUGGAGGGCCUGAUAGUCAUGUGCCAGAUUUUGUAACAAUUUGAUUAAGUGAGGAGCAAUUGCAGGAGGAAGUGAAUGCUCCAACAAUCACUGACUCAAGUCACAAUGAAACACACAAAUAGAUCUAGAUGUAGUCUUGUUCUAAUCAAAAAACUUUUCCCUGGCAGAAACAGAAGUCAAACUGAAACAGCACUAGAUCUACAUUCUGGCUUCUAAAUAAAAACAAAAACUUUUCCUGCAGAAAGAAGAGCUCAUCUUUGAAAGAGCACUCACAAGGAUAGUAACCACGCAAAACAGCACACCAGUGACACGAUGAUCGACUCAUGUGGUUCAUUUGUUGCGUACACCUUCGUUUUAUAGCCUCAGGGAAAUGCAAUUUGCCGCCGGAAAAGCGUCGUCUUUUUCUUAGUUUGCAUUUCCGUUCUCAUAUUGCCACAAUAAUAAAUUUCACCUGAAAAUUUUUGCCGGCUGGAGACAUAUAAUCAGGCUGGGGCGGAAAAAAUUGAGUCAGAGUCAAAAUUUCCGGAAUUGCGGCAAUUGCCGGAACACUUACACGUCUGAUUGUUGGUGUAACUUCGAAAGCGUUUUUUCUCAAUUCUUACCUUUCCACAUUUUUUUACUUCAAAAUGCAAUAUCUAAUCUUCUUAAAAAGAUAAUUGAAAAAUUUUAGAGGCAUGAUUUUCAGGAAUAUCCCAUCUUUCAGAAAGGCACAAAACCUCAAAAUAUGCCAGGGGCAAUAUGUUCCUGAUUUCUUUAGACCGACUUUCAUUUUUCUUCAAACUCGGACUACAUUGUGAUCCUUGGGAAUGUGUUACUGAAUAGUAAAUAGAACAUAAUCACAUUGUUACCGCAGUUUUCGUUUCUAUGAAUGAAUCAUAAUGAGUUCUAUGUCUUAUUUGUUAUUCUUUGUCUUUUGCUUCAUGUGCUUUCCUGUAAAUCAAGUUAAAAGAAGGUCUGGUCUUCAAGUUCGAUCCAUUUGUAAUUCUAUUUCCGCUUUGUUAUUCUUUAUUAAAAUCUGAGUUUUGUGAUUGGUAAAAUCAUAAAGUGUAUAUUAAUGUUUCUGUCCCUGUGCUCUUCAAAUGAAAAAAAGAAUGGGCAUUGGUUGAUAUUAGCAACAGUUUAUACAUUGGUCAAACUUUCACCAUUCUGAUAUUACCUGAAGAUGUAGGGACAAUUUUAUGGUAAAUUUUGUUUGGUUGGUUUGCUAUUGUCUGUGAUAAGUAUUAAAAGAAAGCACAAACCCGUAUGUUUACACUCACACACAUACACACGUGCGUGCCCAUGCUACGCUUGCUCUUCUAUUUUGUGUCAAGAUAGUUGUUAGCAUAUUAGUAGCUUUUCUUUUCAAACAAAACUGCUUCAGAAUGGUAGUUUUUAAUAACUGGUUGGGAUUUUUUCGUAGAUUAGAAUAAAUGCUUUUCAUAAAAUUUGCUUGCAGGAGUAAUAUGUGUUUGCUUUGUUGUGUAAUGGCUCUUUGGCCGAACAGUUGGGUUUUUUAAAAAAUUGGACUGCCAAGUUAAAAUAACUCACUUUUAUUUGGGGGGGGGGGGGGGGCUCGAUGUAUUUAACAAAUAAUUGAGAAUCAUCUAGAGCAAUAACAUGCAUUCCCACAGUGUCCCCCCCCCCCCCCCCCCCCAGACUCUGUGACACAUACUAUAUUGAAAGAUUAUAGAGGAAAAUUGCAUUUCAUCAGAUUCAUCUUUAUUCUAACCAUGAAAACUGAAGUUAAAUUUUUUGUUAAUGUUGUUUCCAGUGGCAAAUGAAAGUGGAGUCUUGUACAUCUUAAUUCUACGACAAAAUAGUCAUGGCAUAGUGUUACCAUUUAGCGACCCCAGUGCUUUCUUGUCGUAUCUCCAUUUUUAAUAACAGUGAAAACAGUUCAUAGCAAAGAGUGAGCUUAAGAAGAAGUCACAUUUUAACUGUUUUAAAAAAAAAGGUAAUACAACAAGAAAGCACUGAGGUCACAAUUUGAUGGGAGGCUUGUACUUGCCAGAAAGGACCCUGAAAGUUUAUUGAUCACUCCCUUUCUUUUGUCUACUUUUUCCUCAUAAAGUCAACAUCUCUCGUACUCUGGUUAUGCUCUUCACUUUGAGCACAAAAGACACAAGUUCAGUUCCCUCAAAGAAAAUACAUUUUAGUGACUAUAGCUGUCUUUUGAUGAGGGGUAUUGUCCCACAUUGGAGAUGUUGGCCCUGACUGGCAGGAUCAAAGCAGCCUGCCUCCAAUGUGAUCUUCAUUAUGAUAUGGAUGGCUAUGUGGCUAUGUAAAACAUUCAUAAUCAUUUUCCUCCUAGUAUCUGUCCAGUAUUUUUGAAAUGUUAGAAUAUGGUAAUACUCUUUUAUGCACAAUUUUCCUUGUGAAUUGGAUAUUCCAACAGU